AUGACCUGGAUGGAAUCAGCCCAAUUAACACUUGCUUCACAUAUUCUUAAAAGUCGCACGACUGUUCACGAGCGCAAACUUUCUCCGCCGCCCCAUUCUGGUCAGCAUUUAAAUUCAAAACCGAACCAGGAUCAUGCUUUUCAGGUUGGCACUGUGCAUUUGUACGGAGUCCCCAUCGUUUCCCUUGUUAUAGAAGCCCAAGAACGUUUGUGUUUGGCGCAAAUAUCAAAUACUUUACUGAAACAAUUCUCUUACAAUGAAAUUCAUAAUCGAAGAGUAGCAUUGGGCAUAACUUGUGUUCAGUGUACUCCCGUACAAUUGGAAAUACUGCGAAGAGCAGGAGCCAUGCCCGUUUCUUCAAGAAGAUGUGGAAUGAUAACAAGGCGAGAAGCAGAGCGGCUUUGCAAGAGCUUUCUCGGUGACAAUGCCCCACCCAGAUUACCUGACGAUUUUGCAUUCUCAGUUCACCACGAAUGCGCUUGGGGAUGCAGGGGAGCAUUCCUCCCGUCAAGGUAUAAUUCUUCGAGAGCCAAAUGCAUCAAGUGUAGUUUUUGUGGACUAUUCUUUUCCCCAAAUAAAUUUAUUUUUCACUCACAUCGUACUGGACCAGGUGAUAAAUACGUACAACCCGAUGCAGCUAAUUUUAAUUCCUGGAGGCGCCAUAUGAAAUUAAGUGGAGGACCACCUGAUGAAGUUGUGCACGCUUGGGAAGAUGUUAAGGCUAUGUUCAACGGCGGAACUCGAAAGCGCUUAUUAUCUCAUGGGCGUGAAUCGACCCCAAAACAAAUGAAAACAUCUAACAAUCAUUCGCAUCAAAGUGAUGCCAGCAGUCCAGUUCCUUGCCCUCAGUCACAACUUAUCGGCGUCUCCACCGCUCCAGCGCAUCCUUCGCCAGCUCCUUCGCGACUACCCGUAAACUUUCCGCUUGAGCCUUUAUCUAUCACUAGAGGCUUAAGUGUUAUGGAUUAUAUGUGGCAGAAACAGUUUCAGUUCCCGACAGCUGCUUAUACAGCGUUACCUUGGUUAAAAAGGCCAGUAUUUGGGGCUCCGAUGGUAGCUGGCGAACAAACAGCGUUGUACCAUCAUCAUUCUGCGUUUAGGCCAGUUAUAGGAGCGCCGGCGAUAAUUAGACCCCAGUUGGAAGAUGCACCCAGAAGACAAGGAGUAUCGACUAGUGACAGUGAUGAAGAAGAGCAAGACGUUUUGGUCGAUGUGGAGUCAACGGAAGACGAUGCUACAAAUGGACAGUCCGUGCUAUCGACUUCGCCAUCCAGUUUCCGUCAAAUGGACGAUAGUCUUCCUCACCAGUCUCAAGUGACGGAGCUCGUGAUCCCCAAACCGGAACCGAGUCCGGGACCCAUUCUUACAUCUGGGAUUACUUUGACUCGUGAUUUAGACACUAGUCCCAUUCGGCAUGCUUCAAUAUCUCCAUCAUCUGGGGUCACUACAACCCCAAGAGCACACGGACAACUCUGGAGUGUGGCGAGUUUGACUGAACAGAAAAAUGAAGACGAAGAGAAGGAUUUAAUAGGUGCAAAUUCCAGUAAUGAAACCAGGGAUAAUAUUUUGUCACAUAAGAUAAAUUCGGUCCCGUUCUAUAGGAGAGAUGUUCGAAUGUACGAAAAUAGUGGAGAUGAGGAUAUGCAAUGCGACUGCUCAGAAUGUUUACAUGGAAUAAAAUCAAGAAACUGUUUGAAUAGCCAAAACGACGACUCAAUCACUAGAGUUUAG